AUGAGUGAAAAGGAGUGCCUCACCCUGGAAUCCAUAAUCCAGAAGAUGCAACACUACUUGGUUGGGCAGAUAAUUUAUGUCAUUUCCAGUGUUAACUCAAUCCGAGUAUUCAUGACCCAACCCGCUUCCAUGAAUUUGUGGCUUGCGAGAUGGGCGUUACUUCUGUCACAAUACGACAUCCACUUUAAACAACAGAAGUCGAUAAAAGGACAGACUAUCUUUGAUCUUCUAGCAAUUAAUCCUACAAAGGAUAAGGCCGAGUUAUUCGAAGAUUUGCCGGAUGAAACCACAAAGUCAAUACUACCUCUCACCAGCAGGUGUGGCAAUUGUACUUCGAUGGCACUUCUCGAACAACUAAUGUGUUUCACUAAAGAGCUAGGGGUGGAGUACUUUGAAGCUUUUGUUGAUUCUCAGUUGAUAGUUAAUCAAGUUCGAGGAGAGUACAAAGUUAAAAACCAAGACCUGAUCCCAUACCACCAAGCGGCUGUCGAGAUAGCAGACUCAUUUAAAGAAUUAUUCAUUGAGUACAUCACGCGCCUCCAGAAUGCUUAUACAUAUGCACUAGCGAUUCUAGCAGUCUCUUUGGCCCAGCCUCCCAAGACAGAACAGUUGGUUACUGUGAGAACUUACCAACUCUUCAUACUAGAUUACGCCCUAGACAUCAAAGAGGUGUACGCAACCGGUAUUGAACUCAAGUCGGUUCUAGCAUGUAGAUUGUCAAAGUCCGUUCUAGCAAUCUCUUAG